UACACGCCUCUCAUCCACUCACCAAAUUAUAUUUCAAACAUGAACACUUACGGAACAUGCAUGCCGGGCCUCAACUGUUGCUGGCCUGUGUAAGAGAAACUGUGUGGCCUAUAAACGGUAGGCACUUGGCCCGCCGCACAGUACAUGCCUGUGUCAGAUGUAGACGUAUUCAAGGUAAAACAUUAACUCCCAUGAUGGGAAACUUACCUGCACAGCGCAUCACACCUGAUUUUCCAUUUCGUACUGUUGGCGUUGACUUCGCUGGUCCGUUCCUCACGCUAAAUAGAAAGGGUCGAGGUGCACGAUUAACUAAAACCUAUUUAUGUUUGUUUGUAUGUUUUCGCUAUAAAUGUGUGCACCUGGAAGCCGUCAGUGAUUUGUCCAAAGACGCUUUUAUUAUGACAUUACGCAGAUUUAUAUCGCGACGGGGCAAGCCAGCGGAGAUAUUUUGCGAUAACGGCCGCAACUUUGUUGCAGCUGCUAAGGAAAUAGGCAAUUUUCUUAAAACCAAUCAUGAGCCUGUAGUUGAUUUUGCUACCAAUGAAGGUGUGAAGUUUGUGUUCUCUCCCACGUAUGCUCCACAUUUCGGCGGCAUCUGGGAGGCUGGCGUUAAAUCCGCGAAAUACCACUUAAAACGCGUUAUGGGAAACAAUCAUUUAACAUUUGAGGAGAUAUGUACUCUUUUCACACAAGUGGAAGCUGUACUCAACAGUAGACCUUUAUGCCCACUCUCCCCUUCCCCUAACGAUUACCAUUUCCUAACUCCCGGUCACUUUCUGAUAGGGCGUGCCUUAAAUGCAUUGCCUGGUCCAUCGCUCGAGCACGAGAACCAGAACAACCUUCAACGCUACAUGAAGCUUGAACAAAUACAUCAACAUUUUUGGCAGCGCUGGCAAAGGGAAUAUGUAGCAGAGCUACAGCAGCGCUCAAAAUGGCGUACUAAAUCAGCAUCCCUAAAGGUCGGCGACUUAGUUCUUCUCCAUGAGGAUAAUGUCCCACCACUCAGUUGGCGAAUGGGACGAGUCAGCCGCCUGUUCCCGGGGCCCGACGGAGUCACGCGAGUCGCAGAUGUGCAAACUACCAGAGGUUGCUUCAGGAGACCUCUCACUCGGAUCUGUCCCUUGCCUACAUCUUUACCGGAUGAAGACUGAUGUAGUUGAAAGGAGUCUUUCAACGGGGGGGAAGAUGUCUGCGCCAUACCUACGCCUAGUGAUUUUUAAUAGCAACAAGUUACACUUUGAUGUGAUACUAUCAAAUAAUUAUUUUUUGUUUUACGUUCACCCGCAAACUUUUUAUAUUACUCACUUCUAUAUUGUACACGGUUGCGUCGCCAGAAAAUCUAUAAUUCAUUUUGUAAAAUGU